AUGCAACUGGAUCCAAAGCAAAACAUAACCUAUGCCAAUACUACUCAACAAAAUAUUUAUGUUCCACAAAUUACUUUAUCGCUGAAAUUCAAUACUUUCCUUGUACUUGGAGUAUCAUCGCUUAUUGUUUAUGUUUUCAUCAUCAUUUACGCCUUGAUACACAAAAAUCUACGUUCAGCACCAAAUAAUUAUUGCCUUAUCAUUCUCUUAAUUUGUGAAUUUAUUUUCAAAACAAUAGAUCUUCCGUUACAGCUGUAUCUUUAUCAUCAAGGCAAGGUACCUUUUCAAAAUGCCGUCUUUUGCUAUUCAUGGCGACUUAUCAAUUAUACCGGUUAUGGAGUAGGCGCGAUGUUAACAGCAUGGGCUUCAUUGGAACGACAUAUUCUCAUUUUUCAUGAUCGUCUUCUUCAUUCAAAAUGGAAAAAGAUAUGUUUGCAUUAUGCACCACCUUUUAUCAUUAUUGUCUACGUCAUAUGUUUCUAUACUUAUGCUUUGUGUUUUUAUCCAUGCAAAACUCCAUUUAACUUUGAAAGUAUUGUCUGUGGCAAUGAUUGUAUACAAGGUUAUCCAGUUUUAUCUGCGUGGAGCAAGAUGGUUCAUAACAUAGCUCCUGCAAUGUGUAUUGGUAUAUUUAGUGUUUCACUUUUGUGUCGUGUUCUCUAUUCGAAACGACGUCUUCAGCAAUCGUUUACUUGGCGAAAGCAUAGUAAAAUGGCUUAUCAACUUCUUUCUAUAUCGUUUGUCUGUCUGACAGCUCUUUUACCAUAUGGUAUGGUGAUUUUCUUGAAUCAAGUUGGAAUACGUGAUAUACCAAAAGCGAUAGCAGAGUAUUCCUAUUUCUUUACUACUUUGAUUCCUCUAUAUUUGACUUUCAUAUAUUUGACGUCAUUAUCAGAAGUGUGGACCCGACUGAAAUCAAAACUUCGGCCUGCAACUACGCAAACGGUAGUUAUGACUUUUAGUGCUGCAAAAACACAAUUAAAAUCGCGAACGAAUGCUUUCUGA